UUUCAAGAUGCAGUCUCAACGUUUUCUUGCCACAAUUUGUCUGUGUUUAGUCUCGGCCUAUGCUGUCUAUGCCAUUCAAGUUCAGACCUAUGGACAUCUUUUCCACCCGCCAGCCGCCGAAACACCCCAUCAUAAGGAGGAAAAACAAGAUUUAAAUAAAAUACCCGGUGUGCCAGGUGUCGACUAUCCGGUAUAUCAUGAAGUGCCACACACCUCUUUCUCUUGUGCCCAUGUCCCCGCCGUGCCUGGUAUGUAUGCCAAUGUGGAGACCGGCUGCCAAGCCUAUCACGUCUGUCACGAUGGCCGUGAAGGAGAUCAGGGAGCAUCGUUCUUAUGUACAAAUGGUACUAUUUUCAAUCAAAAAGAAUUCGCCUGUGACUGGUGGUACAAUGUCAAGUGCGAGGAGGCUGUCAACUACUAUCAAUUGAAUGCUGAUCCAGAACACAAUCCUUAUACGCCCAAGAAGAAAAUCAUUGAAGAGGAACAUUUGGCCCCCGUCCAUCCCCAACAUGGUCAUGGUUUUCUUAUUCACGCCUAAAUCUCUCGUUUUUAUGAAGAUUUCAAAUCUUCUUCUCGUCGUCUUUACAUUGUUGUUUUUUCGGUUCAUCACAUCAUUGUUGAAAUCAAUUCAUUUGUCCAUUAAAAUUAUUUUGUUUAUUGGUAUUGGUCUUAAUACUCCCAACAUUUCCAAGGUAUUACAAACUACGACUGGUUAACUAUUGUUAUUCAUAUUCAACGGAAUUCUUCGAGUAGGAUAAUUCUGAAAGUUUGCAAAUAUGGGGGCCAUACCAAAACGUGGACCUGCACAGAAAAUUAUCUGUUAUAGGCUG